AUGAGCCAAGGGGAUGACUUGCGACAGCUCGAGCUGGAACUCCGACGGGAGGGAACCCCCCUCACCAAUUAUUACCGUCACACCCGCAUGGAGAGAGGGAACACGCCAUCCAAGGCCACGCGACAUGUUUCUUUUACGCGACGGACACCAGCUGAGCGCCGGGAGGAGCUCUGGAUCAUGGACAGGAUCCUGGAGCCCCAGACAAUCGCGCACUUCUUCGCCUGCGUGUUUGGUAGCCCGCUCCCCAACGGCCAGCAGACCAAGUUCCCGGUGCUGUUUGAAGCUGAGGCCCCUUGCAUCAAUCUGCCCUUGUCUGCGUGGGCGCCGCCCCCGUACGACGGCAGCCAGGAUUCGGCGAUGGAUAAGAUCGUGACGCACAUUGGUUCGUACGAGGAUCAAAACAACCUGAUGCUUAUUACAAAGGAGCUCAGGACCAUAAAGGCGCUGGUCUGGUCGGGGAUGGCGCCGGUGUCUGAGAGGCGCUGGCGGGAGCUCGACCUCGACUCGCCCGGCAACUUCCACAACGCGUGCCGGUACUUUUGUGCCGUCAUUGACGUGUUCCACUACCUCAACAUGCCGGCAGUGAAGGGUCUCUUGCGCAAGACGUACAACGCGAUAUGGGACGAACUCAAGAUUCUCGAGUAUUCGUUCAACCACCAUAGGAGAGCUAAAGGAGAACCAAAAGUCAACCUCACUGGGAUGUGGCAUGAGUACAUCGAUGCGCUCUUCGCCUCGAUAACCCAGCACGCCCAUGAUUGGGUGACAUCCCGCAUUGAGCGGCUUCGCGGGCCAGUUCUCCAGCGGUUGAACGACAGUCUAAAGAACAAAUCCUCCUUGGGUGGAGUACUGGGCCAGUCACAGGAAGAGUUGGAUCUCUUGAACAAGCUGCACGAUAUGGUGGAGAACGCAGCCCAGGCAGACACGGCCAUCUUCCUGCCAAUGGACGGGUACAGAGGGAGUGGGCUCGUCAGCCAGGACAACGCGCCGCUCCCAGAUGCCAAGAACCCGUAUCGUGAACAGCCCAUAUCAUUUUCAGCGAACAAGCGAGUUCGAGAGUUUGACUACUACGCUCGACUCAAAUACCUGACGACGUUUAAAAAAUGGCAAGAGUUUGACAACAUCGAGCUGGCCAGUAUUGUCGACCGGCUUGACGCGGUGUCCAAGGGAGAUAGCUUAAGCGCGAACCAAGUAAUCGCGCAGCACCAGGCAAGAAUGGAACUUCGAGGACCAACCAAACCACCAUUGGAUGAACAAUGGGUAAUUGAUUCUAAACGAAAGGGAGGUAGUAGGCGGUGGGGGUUCAUGGCCUACCGGCUGUGCUAUGAUCAUACAGAUGAGGAAUGGGAAGAGUUUAAGGCCAAGUUCGAGGCGGAUAUAUCAAAUUGGCGAAAGGAGAUGCCUGAUAUGGAUGAUAUAAAGGCGAGAUCUGUAGUUGAGUGGCGGGAACCGCGCACAGUUGGCCUUCCUGAGAAUGAUGUUGACGCCGUUCGGAAGCACUUCGCUUCCCUUGAGAAAUUCAACUUGAUCCCCGAUGAUGUUAAUAUGAAUGUUAUACUCGCUGCAGACAAAGCUGUCAUCGACUCAUAUUUGAAACCAACUCCAGGUCAAGGUGGGUUUGUGCUCGCCAUCGAAGCUUGGUUUGACCCCGAUAACGAGUGGCGCAAGCAGCGAAACGAGUCACCAGGAUACACAGGCACCAUGAGAAUCUUGGGAAGUGUACUUUGGGAUGACGUGAGCGCAUCGUUGUUUUUGCAAUCGCGGCGACUGGAUGACAUCUGGGUCUUGGCCAUGGAUCAUCCCCUUAAGUUGUAUGAGGGGUACAUGCCGCGACAUGCUCCGGCCUAG